CUGCUGAGGGGAAGCUCUGGGCGGGCAGGCUCCUGGUCCAUCUCCGGGACAGCAGGGCAGUGCGGGCGCCCCCUGAAUUCCCCACUCCCCGGCUUCUCAUCCACUCCACCCCCUGGGCCUUGGAUGUUCCAUGCACCCAGAGCCACCAGGCCCGCGUCGGCCGGGCCUCCCCCGCGGGUCCUUGUCCAGGCUCCCCUCGCUGGCCGCAGGGGCAGUGGCAGAGGGCUGUGGAUUUGGCUGCCCCUGGAUGCGAGGCAAACGCUGUGGCUCAAGAAUGACAGGCCGCAGAGCCCUGGUCGCGUCGGGUGACAGAAUGUCCCAAAGGGUGUCUUCGUUCAGCAGCGGCUCUGUGAGACGACCCUCAGCCUCUCUGCAACCCCGUGAGUCCUUUUCUUGCACGCGCACUCCCUGAGAUCCCGGCGGAAGGUUGGGCUGACCUGACCGGGGAGCUCUCCAAAGGGCGGGAGCCACGUGGGCCGAGCUCCCGGGCCGAGUUCCCAGACCGGCCGCCUGGCCUGCAAAUUUGAAAAAAACCCAAAACCUAAACUAGUCUCCGACAUUUGAAAUUUGGAAGAUGCCACAUAAAGACCUGCCGUCUCUGGGCCGUGUUCCUGCGAGGCCACACUUGGUGGCACUCAACAGCGGCCGCCUCGGAUGCCCUGCAGCCUGCCGCACCCCCAGCGCUCUCCCUCCUUCGGGGGCUCGGCCUGUCCUGAGUGAGUCUCGAAGCCUUCGCAUCGGUGUGUAACACGCACACAGAAAAGUGCAGGUGUCCUGCCGUUAGGCGUCACAAACAGGACACGCCCCUGCGUCCCCCGCCGAGACAGUUUCCUAAGCGAUGCGAUGUUCUUUGAAGUUGCCAGUUUUAUGUUAGAAAAGCCUGCCAUUGCUCCGCCCGUCUUUGUGUUUCAGAAGGAAAAAGGACAAAAGAGGUCAGCUGGCGGCUCCAGCCCCGAAGGUGGAGAAGAUUCUGACCGCGAAGAUGGAAAUUACUGCCCUCCCGUCAAGCGAGAAAGAACGUCCUCAUUAACCCAGUUCCCACCUUCACAGUCAGAGGAGAAGAGCAGUGGGUUCCGGUUGAAGCCGCCAACGCUGAUCCACGGCCAGGCACCCAGUGCAGGUCUGCCGAGCCAGAAGCCCAAGGAGCAGCAGCGCAGCGUGCUUCGCCCGGCGGUAUUACAAGCCCCCCAGCCAAAGGCCCUCUCUCAGACCGUCCCGAGCAGCGGCACCAACGGGGUCAGCAUCCCAGCAGACUGCACAGGGCCCGCGACGUCGACGUCGCCCGACAACCCAGCCCGGAGGAGUCCCUCUGACGAGGCGCGAGCACCUGAGGAGAAAGAGCCCCAGAGAAAUGAGUCUAGCAAUACUUCUGAGGAGGAAAACUGUGAGAAAAAAGAGCAAGUUGCACAGCAAGCGUUCGUGUUCGGGCAGAACCUGAGGGACAGAGUGAAGUUAAUAGAUGAGAGCGCUGAGGCAGCUGACCUGGAGAAUGCCGGGCACCCCAGUUCAGAAACGCCGACCGCCACCAACUAUUUCCUUCAGUAUAUCAGCUCCAGAGCAGACCCCAGUGGGCCAGUGGCGCUCGGCUGCCUCUGUGACCCGCCAGGUUCCGCGGCCGCGGUCACAGCGCCUCUUCUCUGCAGUUUAGAGAACUCGACCAACAGUGCCGACACCGCCAGCAACAAGUUUGUGUUCGGCCAGAACAUGAGCGAGCGCGUGCUGAGCCCGCCCAAGCUAAACGAGCUCGGUUCCGAUGCCAACAGGGAAAAUUCGGCUGCCGAGUCCGGGUCCGAGUCCUCGUCCCAGGAGGCCACCCCUGAGAAAGCUGAUGCCGUUUCAGAGUCCCUGGCCGAGUCGGCGGCCGCCUACACCAAGGCCACGGCGCGCAAGUGUCUGCUGGAGAAGGUGGAGGUCAUCACCGGGGAGGAGGCAGAGAGCAACGUGUUACAGAUCCAGUGCAAGCUGUUUGUCUUUGACAAGACCUCGCAGUCGUGGGUGGAGAGAGGCCGGGGGCUGCUCAGACUCAACGACAUGGCGUCGGCCGACGACGGCACGUUACAGUCCCGACUAGUGAUGCGGACCCAGGGCAGCCUGAGGCUGAUCCUCAACACCAAGCUAUGGGCGCAGAUGCAGAUGGACAAGGCCAGCGAGAAGAGCGUGCGCAUCACCGCCACGGACGCCGAGGACCAGGGCGUGAAGGUCUUCCUGAUCUCGGCCAGCUCCAAGGACACGGGCCAGCUGUACGCAGCCCUGCACCACCGCAUCCUGGCUCUGCGCAGCCGCGUGGAGCAGGAGCAGGAGGCCAAGACGCCUGCCCCGGAGCCCGGGGCGGCGCCAUCCAACGAGGACGACAGUGACGACGACGAUGUCCUGGCUCCGUCAGGAGCCUCCGGAAGCGGCGCUGGUGACGAAGGGGACGGGCAGACGGCCGGGAGCACAUAGCGCCGGGAGCCGGCUGCCCGCGAGCCUGCUGCUUUGUCCGUCUGUCCGCCCGCCCGCCCGCCCUUCCUGCCAGCAGCGUCGAGGCGCGGGGCUCGGGAACCACACUCCCCACGGGGUUGGCCACAGUCCGGAUCCGCACGUCCCGUUCAGAAGCAGACUCGGGAACUGCCUGAAUGUGGUUGGGACACGAGACCUCAUCAUAUUGAUGAGCAAAGCAAAAAGAACAUUUCUUCCCUCCCCUCCUUUGAAUUGAAAUGGCACAUUAAGACUUGUCACGGCUUCUCACUGGGACUGCGACACCUCGUUUCUUCCCCUCCCUCCUGUGUCGCCGGCCUCUCCCCACCGCUGCCGCCCCCAUGGGUCCCCGCCACCUGCCCAGGCCCCGGGGCUGUCCACGCCAGCAUCGACACUGGGCCUGCUGGACGUUCUGCCAGCCGCGCUCUCUCUUCACUUUCCGCGUUCUGAUUUGGGGUUUGUGUCGUAGGUCUCCCCACACCAAGGCUCUCUGUGGUUUCUUAGAUUAUCUAAGAUGCUUCUGUGCGCUGGGCGGCUGCAGCCCUAUCGCGAGCGCAUCUUCGUUCUCCCUGUGGGCCUGGCGUCUGUGCUGGGGCCCCACGGGGGAGCUCGGGUGCUCAGCAGGCCACUCAGGGGGGCCGACGCCACUUGUCCCCCACCCAGGGUUCCUCCAGGCUCAGUCCUGGGGUGUUGAGGGGUUGGGCCCCAGGCCUGGAGAGAGCUGACCUAGGAAAGUGUCCCUGCACCUGGCCCCACCCACCCUCCUGCCUUCCCUGUCACGUGGGUCACCUGCCACCUGGCACCCAGGCGCAAACCUGCUUCCUGCUGUUGGCCAUUCCUUGCCCAGCCCUGGACGUCACUGCCUCCAAGACCAUCGGGGGCAGGGGGCCUCUAAGAGGCAGAGGCAGAGGGGGCCCUCUUGGGGCAUUCCAGGAGGCCGUCCCCCCCGCUCGCAGCACCCACAGGAGGGCGCCCUGCCCACCCAACGUGGAGCACGGCCGGGAGCUGCCCCCUGGGAGACCCGCCAAGAGGGCCCGCCCAGGGAUCCGGAUUUCCAAGGAGAGUGCGGCCCUGCCCCCGGGUGAGGAGAAGGCUGGUCUCGCAGCUGUGCCGCCCACCCCGGGUCGGCCAGUGGGGGAGCCUGGGCCACCGGAAGACGCCAGAGGACCCCCGGCAGAUCCGGUCACACGUCUCUGCUUCAAGCCUUAGCCAGCUAGUGACAAGUAAAACCAGAUAACGCCCAUGUGUUUUGAAACAUUUAUGUAAGAUUGUCAUAUGAAAUGUAUUUGGGAACCACAUUAAAACUUUUAACUAAA